CUGAUUUUAUUCAAAUUAUUAUCACUCGUAUUUAUUACAAAAAUAAUUAGGUUCUAAGUUUUUUUUGGGAAAAAGUUUUUUAAGUUGGAAUAGUACUCCUCGUGGGAGAUUUCUUUUGGAACAAGAAUGCAUGUUUAAUAGGAUUUGAACGCAUAUUUUUAGUUUCCAAAGUUAACCAUAUACAUAUACAUGUCUCGCACUUUUCUUUUCCCCACACGGCAGAGUCCGAAGAUCUCUCUCUCUCUAGAUUUGUUUAAUUUCAAUGGAAAUCAUGAAGAACUCUCCUUUUAACGAUGCACCUAAAGAAGACUUUAUUAGCCAGCUGUCGGACGAUAUUCUUGCUUCAAUUCUUUCUCGCACGCCUACAAAAUUUGCCAUAACGACAAGCGUUUUGUCCAAGCGAUGGAAGAAGACCCUCGAGCUUAGGGGAGUCAAGAUUCUUCCUGGUUCAUUGGAGUCCGUUUUGUCUGCUUGUUUGAGCCUUCGCACGUUGUUCAUUGGCAAAUGUGAAGCGCCUUUCAAGUUGUGCUUCGGUGGCCCCACGUCAGGGGAUCUCAAACUCGAGAAUCUUAUAAUUGAAAAUUGUUGCGGCAUAGAGGAGAUUGAGAUAUAUGCCAAGGAUCUCAUAACGUUGGAGUUUCAAGACAAUAGAAUGGUUAGAUUUGUGUUUGGGCAUGCUCCAAGGUUGCAAAGUGUAUAUCUUUCCAUAGAAAGUGAAGAUAUCUUGGCCUAUGUGUUUGGAGGAUUCACUAAAAAUCUGCCUAGCCUUGAAUCCUUAUCUUUGGAUUCUAAAUGUAGCUUUUAUGAGGAGAGCAGGAGACUAAUGAGGAUUGGGGGGAUUGAGAAAUUGAAGAAUCUUAAGAGAUUAGAGUUGAAUUUGGUUUGCACCCCUAAUACUGAUCUGCUUGCACUUCAUCUGUUUUUGCAAAAUUGCCCUCUCCUACAAGAGUUGCACCUUGUCUCAAAGUCACCUCCAAUUAAUGGCCUUAUUUUCAAGGCAUGUCUUGCAAGAUCGGGAGAUGGAGGUGCGAAAGGGGCCGGAUUUCUUCAUUGUCACCCAAACUUGAAGAAGGCGAGUUUUAGCGGGUUCGAGGGAACGGAAAAUGAGAUGAAUUUUUCUUUGUAUAUAUUGAGAAGUGCAGUGGGACUAGAGGAAAUGGUGAUCAAUAGGUGUGGGAAGCAUUACAUGGGAUAUGGAAGGUGGAAGAAUGUGAGCAAAAAGCCAUGGAGUGAAGAGACUCAUCAAAUGAUUCAGAAUCAGUUGCUUGCCCAUAAUAAUGUUGGUUAUGGAUCUCUUCAAGUCCAUAUUCACAAUGCAUCUUAAUUUAGACCAUAUGUGUGGGAAGGUUGGGAUGAAAAGUAAAAUAAGAGUUUUGAUGACUUUAGCAAUAAUUAGUUUGUAUAACU